AUUUAAUUACAUAUUUGCACAUAUAAUUUUAAAAUUUAAUGAUUAUUUGAUUAUUCGAUGAAUGAAAACGCGCGAUGUGUUGAUAUUAUUUGAUUGUUGGAACAAUUGGAGUUUCGAGAUUAGGUGUAUAGGUAUGCACAUACAAUGUACGUGUAUAUACAAACAUGAGAAUAAUCUCUCCUUCUUAUAACAUCUCUCUCUUCGAGAGAUGUUUCAGUUGUUAUCAAUUUUCUACAUCCCCACUUUACAUACGUUAGAGACAUAAUUGUACAUUUUAAUGAAGAUAAUGAUAAUGAGAUCUUCCGAUUUAUUUAUUCGUUUACGUAUUUUUAGCGCGAAUAUUUAAGUAAUAUGAAAUAAUAUUUAUAAUAUAGUUUAUAGUACAUAUAUAGUAUUAUUUUAUCUCAUAGUUUAAUAGAGACCUCACAUAUAUAGAUCGCGCGUAAUAAUAGAAUCGCAUUAUGAAUGCGACCAUAUUCAAAGUUAAUGUAUGAAUUCACUUACGUUUUGUCUGUCUAUUCGAAGAUCGUCCAUCUCAUCAAGUUUGCUAGGCAUCGAGAUACUAGUCUUCCUUAUAUUCGUAACACGCAGCGCUGUCACUUCCGGCAAUGCUUUCACCGCGUUAUUCGUCUUCUCGGCCGCUUCUUGAAUUUUUUCUCUCUUGGUUACAUCAACAAGUGCAUUCGUAUUGUUGUUCGAUUUAUCUGCAAGCAAAAUCGUGAAAAAUUGAUCAAAUAAAAUUAAUGAAAAUUUAUACAUAUAUUUAAAACAUGCGUCUUAUCACUCGCGGCGACAUUUAAUUGUGUUAAAAUAAUGUUAGCGCGCGCACGCGGAUUAAUAAUAAUAUAAUUUCUAUAAAAUUAAUUCACAUAGUUCGAACGUUAUCGCUAAAUAAAUAUUAGCGAUCAGAAAUGGGCGCGUCUACGCAAAUAACGUGAUUCCGCUAACUUAUCGUAGUACAAACUUUCGUAGGAAAACAUCGCGGCAAUUGGAGCGGCAGUGCAAUUGGAGAGCAAAAAGGUACUUACAGGAUUAAUAAUUAAAAACUUAGCACUUUUACCAUGACGAUAGCGCAUAACGGAAUAAACAAAUAUCAAGAAUAUAACCUGCUUUUAUAAUUUCUGCAAACGCAUGACAUAAAUAUAAAUAAAUAAGUAAAUUAAAUUGAUUUCCUCAUUACUUUCCUAAAUAGAGAGAGGAAGAGAGGGAGAGGGAGAAAAAUAAAGAGAUUUAAAAAUAAUCUCAAAAAGUGCGAAAUAAAAAAUGUGCGAUUGUUCACAAAACUUGGCAGAUGAUAAAACUGUUGGGAAAAUUGGGCCUGAAAUCGUAACCAUCUUCUCGAAAUGUUCCACGUCGUAUCGUCCCGGAAGAGACAUCCUCGAACACACAAUUCCCUCCAGUCCGAAUUGCAUGUCGAUCGAUUCCGUGCAAUCUAAUAGCAGUGACACGGCAUGCGACUUUGCGAAAAGAUCGUCGUCGAGUACGGAAUUCUUUAGCGAAUCCAGCAGAACGCACAAAGUUUGCCCAACGGAAUGCGAUUAUUCCGGCGAAGAAGAAGGUUUCAAGUUGCCAGCGGUUUGUUACGACGAAAUUGAAAAGGAGGAGCCGGGAAUCGAGUACACCUUGGCUAUAAUAAAGCCCGAAGCGAUGAUCUACAGAAAAGAGAUCGAGCGUCGAAUAUACACGGAAGGUUUCGAGAUUUGCCAGAUUCGUUGGCUUCAACUUACACCCGAACAGGCUUCGGAAUUCUACAACGAUCACUUCAGCGAAUUAAGCUUCCCUCGUCUGGUGGCGUACAUGUCUUCAGGAUCUAUUAUGGUGUUUGUAUUGGCGAAGCAGAAUGCCGUGGAAGAAUGGAAGAGAAUCAUAGGACCGGCUACGGUAACUGAGGCGCGUAUGUAUUUUCCCGACAGCAUAAGAGCGAGAUACGGUCGUAGAGAUGAUUGCAAAAAUGCUGUACAUGGUAGCGAUAGUCGUCAACAAGCUGAAAAAGAGAUCCACUUUUUCUUUCCUCAAUUCAUAUAUGAGCCGUUAUUGAGGAACGAGGCGGCUAAAGACUUUUUAUGGGAAAAUAUUAAUCCGAUUCUCGUCGAAGGUCUAACUUUGUGUUGCAAACAUCGACCGACUGAUCCUGUAUUGUGGUUGGCACACUGGUUGAUCCUAAACAAUCCUAAUAAACCUAAAUUACCGGAAGAUCUCGCUUUAAUUCCAACAUAAUGUUCUUUAAAAUUCAUCUCAAGUUAUCUACCUGAUUCUCGACACUUUCAUACAGUAAGAAUCGUUGUCUUACCUACUGGAUCUAUUUCGUUUGAAUCUUCUUGUUGACGACAUGAUGGCAUCCUUUUUAAUCUGCUCUUCUGCGCGGUUUGCGGACUGUACCUUAAAAUAUAAAAUGGAACAUUGCAAA